UCCGCGCGGCCCCGCCCCCGCCGGUUCGCGUCUCUCUGCUGCCGCGCGGGGACCGCUGUGCUCUCGGUAGGCGGCUGGCCUGGGUGGGCUCCGCGCCUCCUUCCCGCUCCGUGCCGCGCGUCCCAGCACCCUUGGGCCCACUCCGGACGGGGUUUGCGUCCUGGACCCGCUUGUCUGCUGCUCCGUGUCCCGCCCUGCCCGUCGCGGGCGGCCUCGCGGCUGUUCCGCUGCAGGUUGGCCACGGCGGCGGGAGCGCCCUCGACCCGGACAAAGAAACGAGCGCUUGGCCCCUCCUCCUGUAGAGACUGGUGCUGCCGUCUCGGGAUGUACCUGCAGGUGGAGACCCGCACCAGCUCCCGCCUCCAUCUGAAGAGGGCUCCAGGCAUCCGCUCCUGGUCCCUGCUGGUUGGAAUCUUGUCGAUUGGCCUGGCUGCUGCCUACUACAGUGGAGAUAGCCUGGGCUGGAAGCUCUUCUACGUCACAGGCUGCCUGUUUGUGGCCGUGCAGAACCUGGAGGACUGGGAGGAAGCCAUCUUUGACAAGAGCACAGGGAAGGUUGUUUUGAAGACAUUCAGCCUCUACAAGAAGCUGCUGACUCUUUUCAGAGCAGGCCAUGACCAGGUGGUGGUCCUGCUGCACGAUGUCCGCGACGUGAGCGUGGAGGAGGAGAAGGUCCGGUACUUCGGGAAGGGUUACAUGGUGGUGCUCCGGCUUGCCACGGGCUUCUCCCACCCCCUCACGCAGAGCGCAGUCAUGGGCCACCGCAGUGAUGUGGAAGCCAUCGCCAAGCUCAUCACCAGCUUCCUGGAGCUGCACUGCCUUGAAAGCCCCACAGAGCUGUCUCAGAGCAGUGACAGUGAGGCCGGCGACCCUGGGAGCCAGAGCUGACAGCCCCGGUAUGCCUGAGCCUGUGCACCACCCACAGGACCCAUGGCACAUUCCUGGUGUGCCUGAGCCCAUGCACAGCCCACAGGACCCCGUGGCCUUGGCUUCAGUCGGUGCCUCCAGCCGAGUCGGCCUCUUGCCUGCUCACACUGCUGCUUUCACACUGCACGAAACAGCAGGCCGGACCAGGACACCCAGACUUUCUCCACCGUGAGGCCUGGGCCUGCCUUCCUGCAGCUGGAGGUCUUGCCAGCCCUGGACCCCUGCUGUGGGCCACAGCCAGACCUCGGGCGAGUGGAGAGGCCGGGCCAGGCCGGGCCCCUGUGGGUGCUGAUGCUGUGUGUUGUCCCCGACAGUGUCCUCUCCCUGGGUGGACAUCCCCAGCGGUCAGGUGCUUCCCCAAGGGCAGCGAGGGGCGAACAACCGGGGCCUACCUGGCUGUGCACGCUGCAGCCACACUGUGGAAGCUGCCCCUACCCAAGGACCCGCCUCCCUUGAUGAUGCCAGGAUCUCGGCGCAUAGACUGCUCUGCCCCUGUGGUCAUCAGAGAAAGGUCUCUCUGUUCCUCACCCUCAGCCUCAGCAGAAGCUG